AGCCAGUAGGUUGAGGUAAUGGCCUUCUGCAUCUGCGCUUCUUCUUCUUCUCUGUUUAGCAUAUUUGCAUCAACUCCCGCCAUAAAUCCGAUUUCUACAACGACAGCUCCUGCCCUAUGCAGCCUUCGCAUCGUUCUGCACUUUCCUCGCCAUUCCUUUCUUUCUCUAUCUUCCUCUAGAAUCUCUAAAAACCCUCUCAGAGCUACUCCUCCCCCGAGAUACGUGUAUCCCGACCCAAUCCCUGAGUUCGCCGAACAUGAGACUCGGAAGUUCAGGGCUGAGUUACUGAAGAAGCUAUCAGAGGAGAAGGAAACGUUUGGAGAUGAUCUAAAUCAUGUAAUAGAGGUUUGCGCCGAGAUAUUAAGCGAUUUCUUGCAUGAAGAGUAUGGAGGGCCCGGGACCUUAUUAGUGGAGCCUUUCACUGAUAUGUUUACUGCUCUAAAGGAGAGGAGAUUACCUGGUGCACCUUUAGCUGCACGAGUAUCCCUUUUAUGGGCUCAGAACUAUGUUGAUCAGGAUUGGCAAGUCUGGAACUCAAACCUUCAAAGGGGAUGGAUGCCACCUCCAUCGAGAGAAGACAAACAACAGUUACGCUGUAGCUGGUGCUUAUAUAUAUAUAUA